AUGUGCCUGGCAUUCCUUCACUAUUACCCAGCUCAGAAAAUCGCCUCUUGCCUCAGCCUCCCCAGUUACGAGAAGCUCUUCACUCUGCUCCGCAUCUCCAACGUCCGGCUCGAACCGAAAGAUGGCUACGAGUACAUGGUGUCAAACAACGGGAAGAACCAGACCUUGGUGGACUAUCUCGAUGAGCUGGAUUGGUCGCAUUUCGACAUCGAAGGCUUGCAGCGUUUACUUCGUUACGAUCCUCACAACGAGUUAUGCAGGGCCAAUGAUGACAAUCUCAUCCUCAUCAUCCCGGCGAGACAGAAUCUUUUCGUCAACGUCGGUCACUGCAGCUCCGAAUGCACAGCAACCGCCAUCCCGCCAGGCGGGAUUCACAUUUUCUCCGGCUUUCUCCAUUCUCAUUUAAUCGAAUGCUACUACAAUUCGUCGAAUCGGAAGUCGGUGACCGUAGGUGGUUUUGGAACCCAGGAGGAAAUGUGUCUGGCAUUUCUUCACUAUUACCCAGCUCAGAAAAUCGCCUCUUGCCUCAGUCUCCCCAGUUACGAGAAGCUCUUCGCUCUGCUCCGCAUCUCCAACGUCCGGCUCGAACCGAAAGAUGGCUACGAGUACAUGGUGUCAAACAACGGGAAGAACCAGACCUUGGUGGACUAUCUCGAUGAGCUGGAUUGGUCGCAUUUCGACAUCGAAGGCUUGCAGCGUUUACUUCGUUACGAUCCUCACAACGAGUUAUGCAGGGCCAAUGAUGACAAUCUCAUCCUCACUGCCCAAGAUCAUGGGACCAUCUUGAGGCUUCUUCGUACACUUGUUUCUUGA